UGAAAAACCUCACCAUUUUGUCUCUUUUUAGGUUUGUGCUGUAUGUGAAUAAAUUCACCUGCAAUUAAGAAGAUGGCUGAAAAGAUCAUUAAUCAGACCUCAGCGGCAGAUGUGCUGACUGGCGCAGAACAAGUUGAGUUUGAGGAUGUGGCCGUUUACUUUUCGGAGGAGGAGUGGGAAUAUUUACAGGAGGGUCAGAAGGAGCUUUAUAAGGAUGUGAUGAUGGAGAAUUACCAGACGCUCCACUCGCUAGGUUGUGUCAACAAAAAGCCAUCAGUUAUCAUGAAGCUUGAGCAAGGGGAGGAGCCGUGUGUACAAAGGCGCCAGAGAUGUACGGAGGAAUUGCAUAUAAAUACCGGCAACGAUGAGUCAAGAAUCAUAAAUGUUUCUGGACAACACAAUAUUUCCCGUAGAUUGGAGAAGACUGGACAAAACACAACUCCCAAAGAAUCAAUACAACAAACCAGAAAAGUUCUACGUAUAAUAAUUGCGAGAAUUACUGCUGAGGAAAUAAACCAGUAUAAAGAAUUAAGACUUGUGAAUUCAUGCGUAGCUACACUUAAUGAUAAUACACAUAAGGAGUGUGCUUCUGAAAUUAAGAAUCUUAGUAUAAAAAUGUCUAAAGACCAAAAAUGUAACAAUGUUGUAGAAAAAGCUAAUGAGAAUAAACGUGAAAAUGCAUGCUCCUUGCCAUCGCGUAAACCUAAACUAAAGUUGCAAACAAAGAAACGUUUUGUAUGUUCGGAAUGUGAUAGAAGAUUUAAUUCUAAAGCGCAUCUUACUGCACACCUGAGAACGCACACAGGCGCAAAACCGUUCUCAUGUUCUGAAUGCGGAAAGUGUUUUAGCCAGCUAGCAAAUCUUAAUAAACACAUAAAAAUUCAUACUGGAGAAAAGCCAUUUAUGUGUCCUGACUGUGGGAAAUGUUUUAUUAGCAAAGCUGAACUUGUCCAUCACCAAAGAACACACACAAAAGAGAAACAAUUUUCAUGUUCUGAAUGUGAAAAACAGUUUCAUAGUAGUGCAGAUCUUGCCAGUCAUCAAAAACUGCACACAGGAGAAAUAUCCUUUCGUUGCUCACAUUGUGAAAAAUCUUUUACUACAAAAGCCUAUCUUAUUAGACAUCAGAAAAUGCAUACAGGUGAUAGACCAUUUGAAUGUAAAGAAUGUGGGAAAAGAUUUAUAGCCAUGAAAGAACUUACCUCACAUAUUAAAAUCCAUUCCGGAGAAAAAGCAUUUUUGUGUCCUGAAUGUGGGAAGUCUUUUUUCUUUCGCUCAAAUCUUGUAAAACACACAAAAAUUCAUAUAGGUCAUAAACAAUUUAAAUGUUCUGAAUGUGGAAAAUGUUUCAUUCAUAAAGCUGCUCUUAUUAUUCACAAGAGAAUUCACACAGGAGAGAAACCAUAUGCAUGUUCUCAGUGUGAAAAGAAGUUUCCCACAAGCCAUCAACUUCUUAACCAUGAGAGAACUCAUAAAAGUAUCAAACCAUUUGAAUGCUCUUCUUGUGGAAAACGUUUUCUAUUAAAUGCGCAACUCAGGGUACAUCAGAGAAUUCAUACUGGUGAUAAACCUUACAAAUGUACGGAAUGUGAGAAAUGCUUUCAUACUAAAGCAAUUCUGAUAAAUCACCAGAAAGUUCAUACAGGAGAGAGACCAUAUAAGUGUUCUCAUUGUAGUAGAUGUUUUAGAAGCAUCACAGAUCAGCGAAGACAUGAAAUGGGUCAUACAGGAUAUAAGCCAUUUGCAUGUUCUGAAUGUGGGAAAACCUUUGUCAGGAAUUCAAAACUUGUUGAUCACCAGAGAACACAUACAGGUGAGAAACCGUAUUCAUGUACAGAGUGUGAAAAGGCUUUUUCAAGCAAACCAGGUCUAGUUUCUCACCAGAAACUUCACACAGGAGAAAAAAUAUAUUCGUGCUCUGAUUGUGAAAAGUGUUUUACAACUAAUCAACUACUUCAACAGCAUCAGAGAACUCAUACUGGAGAAAAACCACACAAAUGUUCUGACUGUGGAAAAUGCUUUUCUAAUAAGGGACACCUUGUGCGACAUCAAAACAUUCACAAGGGAGAGAAAUCCUUACCAUGUCCUGAUUGUGGUAAAAGCUUUAGCAGCAACGCGUAUCUUGUUAUACAUCAGCGACAACACACGGGAGAAAAGCCAUUUGCGUGUCCUGAAUGUGACAAAUGUUUUACCAACAGCACAUAUCUUAAUGUGCAUCUGAGAAAGCAUACAGGAGAGAGACCAUUUAAGUGCACUGUGUGUGGGAAACGGUUUACCAGUGGCGCUGUUCUUGGUAAACAUCAGAGAAUGCACACAGCAGAGAGAUCAUUUGUAUGCCCUGAAUGUGGUAAAGGUUUUACCAAGAAAGUCUAUCUGGCUACACAUCUAGCAAUACACACAGGUUACAAACCAUUUGCAUGUUCUGAAUGUGGAAAAGGUUUUGUUAAUAAUUCACAGCUUGUUGUUCAUGAGCGCAACCACACUGGCAUCAAACCUUUCCCAUGCACCAUAUGUGAAAAAGCAUUUACAAGUAAGCGUCUUCUUGCUCGGCAUCAAGUAAGUCACCUGGAAACAAAACAAUUUGAAUGCUCUAAAUGUGACCAACGCUUUGCUACUAAAACUUAUCUUAAUAAACAUAUGGAAAUUCAUACUGAAGAAAAGCGAUUUGAAUGUCUUGAGUGCGGUAAACGUUUUAGAAGACGUGCGCAUCUUUAUAGCCAUCAAAAAGUACAUGAAUAAUAAAAACUAAUGACAUGAUUUGAUGGUGGUUGAUGUACAAUUUUUUUGUUUUUGUUAAACAUCUUAAAUGGAUAUGAAACACUGCUCCUGUAAAACAUUUUUUAUAGUAAAUCAAAGAAAACAUAAAUAGAAACAGAUUGUGUUAACAGCAAACAAUGUACUUGUUUUCUUGCAAAACGAGCAAAUUCUCAGUAUAACCACUGCUUAUAGUAACUUAAAGAGAUACUAAACCCAAAAAAAUGUCUUUCAUUAUUCAGAUAGAGCAUGCAAUUUUAAGCAACUUUCUAAUUUACUUCUAUUAAUUUUUCUUUGUUCUCUUGCUAUCUUUAUUUGAAAAAGCAGGAAUGCAAGCUUAAGAGCCACCCCAUUUUUUUGUUCAGCACCUGGGUAUCGCUUGCUGAUUGGUUGUUAAAUGUAGCCACCAAUAAACAGUGCUACCCAGGUGCUGAACCAAAAAUGGACUGGCUCCUAAUCUUACAUUACAUCUUUUUAUUAAAUAAAGAUAUCAAGAGAAAGUUGCUUAAAGUUGCAUGGUCUACUCUAUCUGAAUCACAAAAAAAAAUAAAAUAGGUUUAAUAUCCCUUUAAGGUAGCAGUCAUGCUCAGAAAUUAAGUUGCAUUCUGUCUGUUCUGAGCAUGGGCAAAAAACCUGACUUCCUGUUUCUCUAGCGUUCACUGAACAAUAAGCAAGCUCAUGUUGCUCUAAAAGAUUUAUGACAUUAAGUUAUACAUGCCUUCCUAUAGAGACCCUUAGCCCCCUUGUGGGGCUUUGACAGGAAAUAAUGGACCUUUUUAAAAUGAUUCAAAUUACAAUGAUUUAUUUUAAGUACAACAAUGAAACAAACUGUGGUUACAUCCCUUUAAGUGCCUUAUACAAUGCAUUUUUUUAUUAGGUUAGACAUUAUUUUACUCUGCUUUAUUACUGUAUCUAGCUACUAUUGUGUAAUAAAAUUAUGCAUUGAUAAAUUGUUAAUGUUUUUUAAGAAGUAUUUGAGCACAUGAGUUUGUUUUGGACUAAAUAUGAUAACCAGAUCUUUACAUACUUUUGCCGAGCUGACAAUCUUCUUUAUUUACAAUAAAGUUUAUCAUUAAUUA